AUGAGUGAGGCUCGCACUCAGGACUUUCUCGCGAAACAGGUAAACGAGGGCAACAACAGCGACGUGCGAGUUCCAAUCGUUUAUCUUGCAUUCUAUCACAACAAUGUCGGCUACAUUGCGAUGCAGCACGUCGGGGAUCGAGAUUGUACUAGAGACGACUUCCCCAAAAUUGCCUUAGCCGUCAAACAUCUCCAACAGAUCCCCAGUCCCACAUCGGCACCGGGGCCGAUUAAUGGAGGACCUAUCAUGCACCGUAUGUUCUCGGGUUGCAUAUCCUCCGUGACAUACAGCUCGGUCGACCUCCUUGAGGAGCAUAUCAAUGCUUUUCUCGCUUACAGAAGACAUAGACGGACGGUCAAUUUAUCGGAGAAGGCCGGCAUACCGCUUUCGCUCUGCAUAGGUGACCUUCAUUGGGGAAACUUUCGCAUAGGCUCGGCGGGCUAA